GCGAGCUCUUAGGCCGAUGCCCAGUUCCAACACACAUCCUCGCACAGUUGACGAGAGCCAUGUCACUGCAGGCUUGCCACCUGUUCCUCCUGUUGUCUGUGACAGCAGCAGUGGCACAGACUCGGGAAGAGACAAUCUCUACCUCAGCCGCUACCACACCAGAGCCAACCGCUACCUUCGUAUUCAUCCCCACAAGAUGUCGAGAUGGGUACGUUAUGGUAGCAGGACAGUGCCGGAGAAUGUGGACGCAUGGCCAGCAACGUAGCUUUUUGACAACUACAGCAGAACCUACCCCGACUUUCGCACCGACAACAACACCUAACCCGGAGCCUACAAUAUUUUAUUCACGCGAGAGAUGCCGUGAUGGCUUCGUGCGUGUCAGAGGGCGCUGCAGGAAGCUGCUAAAGGGAACACGCCCUGGAUCAGCUGAUUCACAACCCGCACCCAUGUCUGAGAAGCUGCUCGAAGAGGCAGUCAACGCUACUAAUGGCAGCCAGACCACUCAGCCUAUAGGGAAGUCAGCGGAGCGUACAAUGUGCCCAGAAGGUUCUAGGUUUAAAUUUGGAAUGUGUCUGACCCCUCUUUUUGUGAGGCUAGUAACACUGCCAAAACAUUGUCCAGCUGGAUACGUGCUAAUCGAAGACUCCUGUAGGAACAUCAAGGGUACAAGAUCAUGAAGAAGAGUUGAUGACAAUCUGUUCCACACCUGAUGAGGUCCAUCAUGGUACAAUGUCUACACACUGUCUCAUCUUUACCAAUAUGCACACAAAGAAAAAAAGUAUAAAAUAAAGGUUUUUAUAUUAUGCUGUCAAAACAAUAAAUGAUAUUUUAAGUA